UGCUAGUGGCAGCGUUUCCUCCUGCUGGAAGAUGAUGAAUACAUGAGGAGAGAGGCUCUGAGCCUGCUUCUGUGCUGCGGGAGUGUCUCUCUCUCCCUCCCUCCCCUCUCCCUGCCUCUGUGUGAGUGUGUGUUUGGCUGCCCGGCUGUGUGUGCGUGUACACUGUGUAUAUAUAUCUGAGCUGGGAGGUUAUUGCAAGCUUCUCUCAGCAGCGCUCCUCUGUACAGGAAGAAGGGCUCAGCUGCAGUGGUAGCAUCAACAGCAGCAUUAGCAGCACCAACUGCUUUAUUCGCCUUUCUUCCUUCCCUUCAUCUCCAUCUCCCUUUCCCUCCCUCCUCCCACGUCUUUUGGGGGAUUGCUCUUCAUUUUUUUUUUUAAUUAUUAUUUAUUUUUCUACUCUACAAUCCUUGUUAUUUGAUACUUCGUGGGUUUUUUUCUUUUUCUUUUUUUUUUUUUUUUUCUUCUCCUCUUCCUCUGAGAAGGAGGCACAGAAACGCACACGCACAAACACAGAGAAAUAAGGGAAAGAAAAGUACCGGGACUUAUCCUGCUGCUGCAAACCCAAAGAUAGCAGACGAAGAGGGGGUUUGGCUUCUACCCCAAGGUAAAGCCCUGCCCCCUUUACCUCCUCGACACCUCCUCCGAGGAAGAGAAGGAGAGAGAGCGAAGGGGGCCAAAGUGGAGAAAAGCAGGUCUUCUGCGGCUGGCAUUUGGAGUACAGGGAGCCAGGAAGUGAAGGAUGGUUGUGGUUACCCGAGCUGGCUGCAGGGCAGCUCUCUUCCUCUGGAUUUUCAUCAGCAUAAGCUGCAGAGCCAGGACUGCUCUGCCUGCAUCUCAAAAGUGUGAUGAACCUCUGAUCUCAGCACUACCCCAUUCCUCCUUCAGCAGUUCAUCAUCCAUGACAAGCAGCUAUGUGCCAGGGUAUGCCAAGUUAAACAAGCGAGGAGGUGCAGGAGGUUGGUCUCCAUCAGACAGUGAUCAUUACCAAUGGCUGCAGGUGGAUUUUGGGAACAGGAAGCAGAUCAGUGCUAUUGCAACCCAAGGCAGGUACAGCAGCUCUGACUGGGUCACUCAAUAUCGGAUGCUCUACAGCGAUACGGGGAGAAACUGGAAGCCAUACCACCAAGAUGGAAACAUCUGGGCAUUUCCUGGAAAUACAAACUCUGACAGUGUGGUCCGGCAUGAUUUACAACAUCCAGUUAUUGCUCGCUAUGUAAGGAUAGUUCCUUUGGACUGGAAUGGAGAGGGCCAAAUUGGGCUAAGAAUUGAAGUCUACGGUUGUUCCUACUGGGCUGAUGUUAUCAAUUUUGAUGGCCAUGUAGUGUUACCAUACAGAUUCAGGAAUAAGAAAAUGAAAACACUGAAAGAUGUAAUCUCUCUGAAAUUUAAGACCUCUGAAAGUGAAGGUGUAAUAUUCCACGGAGAAGGACAGCAAGGAGACUAUAUCACCUUGGAACUGAAGAAAGCCAAACUUGUUCUAAAUUUAAAUUUAGGCAGCAACCAGCUUGGCUCUAUUUUUGGCCACACAUCUGUGACGACAGGCAGCCUCUUGGAUGAUCACCACUGGCACUCCAUCAUCAUAGAGCGCCAUGGGAGGAACAUCAAUCUCACCCUUGACAGACACAUGCAGCACUUCAGAACAAAUGGAGAAUUUGAUUACCUGGACUUGGAUUAUGAGAUAACCUUUGGAGGCAUGCCUUUUUCUGGCAAGCCAAGUUCUAACAGUAGGAAAAAUUUCAAAGGCUGCAUGGAGAGCAUCAACUACAACGGCAAUAAUAUCACUGACCUUGCCAAGAGGAAGAAACUGGAACCUUCAAAUGUGGGAAAUUUAAGUUUUUCUUGUGUGGAGCCACAUACAGUGCCUGUCUUUUUCAAUGCCACCAGUUACCUUGAGGUUCCUGGUCGUCCAAGCCAGGAUCUAUUCUCAGUCAGUUUCCUCUUCCGGACCUGGAACCCAAAUGGACUUCUUCUCUUCAGCAACUUUGCAGAUGAGCUGGGGAAUGUUGAGAUUGACAUAAAUGAGGGCAAAGUCAGUGUCCAUAUCAAUGUCACCCAAGUGAAGAAGAACCGGAUAGACAUCUCAUCAGGCUCUGGUCUCAAUGAUGGGCAGUGGCAUGAAGUUCGAUUCCUGGCUAAGGAAAAUUUUGCUGUCCUCACCAUUGAUGGCGAUGAAGCUUCAGCUGUUCGAACUAACAGCCCUCUACAAGUCAAGACUGGAGAAAAAUAUUUCUUUGGAGGGUUUCCUGUACAGAUGAAUGACUCGGAUCACUCGCUAUUUGAGCAUUCUUUUCAAGGAUGUAUGCAAAGUAUUCAUGUGGAUGAUCAGCUGGUGGAUUUGCAUGCAGUGGAGCAAGGCGACCUGGGAAGCUUUGCCAACGUCACCAUUGACAUGUGUGCCAUUAUUGACAGGUGUGUGCCCAAUCACUGUGAACACGAUGGGAAAUGCACCCAGACGUGGGACAGCUUCAAGUGCACUUGUGAUGGAACAAGUUACAGUGGUGCCACUUGUCAUAACUCUAUUUAUGAGCUCUCUUGUGAAGCAUACAAGCACUUGGGCAAAACUUCAAAUUACUACUGGAUAGAUCCGGAUGGCAGUGGGGCACUGGGACCUUUGAAAGUUUACUGCAACAUGACAGAGGAUAAAGUGUGGACAACUGUGUACCAUGAUCUGCAAAUGCAGACUUCUGUGGGAGGCAGCAGCCAGGAGAAGUUAUCUGUGCUGCAGCUCAACUACAGUGCAACAAUGGACCAGAUUUCUGCCAUUACCAGUAGUGCUGAAUACUGUGAGCAGUUUAUCUCCUAUUCUUGCAAGAUGUCCAGGCUGCUGAAUACACCAGAAGGGAAUCCUUAUACCUGGUGGGUUGGAAAAGCCAAUGAGAAGCACUACUAUUGGGGCGGAUCAGGACCUGGCAUUCAAAAAUGUGCCUGCGGCAUCGAACGCAACUGUACUGAUCCCAAGUACUACUGCAACUGUGAUGCUGAUUAUAAGCAAUGGAGGAAAGACAGUGGGAUGCUGUCAUACAAAGAGCACCUACCAGUCAGCCAGGUGGUGGUUGGAGACCUUGACAGGCCUGGGUCUGAAGCCAAGGUAUCCGUGGGUCCUGUGCGCUGCCAAGGAGAUAGGAAUUACUGGAACGCAGCUUCUUUCGUCACUUCAUCAUCUUACCUCCACUUCUCCACCUUCCAAGGGGAAACCAGCGCAGACAUCUCUUUCUACUUCAAAACAUCGGCCUCGGAUGGGGUGUUUCUUGAGAAUCUGGGGAACACUGACUUCAUCAAACUGGAGCUGAAAUCCGCUACCGAGGUCUCCUUUUCAUUCGAUGUGGGAAACGGGCCGGUGGAAAUCGUGGUGAGAUCUCCCAACCCGCUCAACGAUGACCAAUGGCACCGGGUCAACGCCGAGAGGAAUGUCAAGCAGGCCAGCCUGCAGGUGGACCAGCUGCCCCUGGAGGUCAGGAAAGCUCCGACAGAAGGACACACGCGGCUGGAACUGUACAGCCAGCUCUAUGUUGGUGCAGCAGGAGGUCAGCGAGGCUUCCUAGGCUGCAUUCGCUCCCUGAGGAUGAACGGGGUGACGCUGGACCUGGAGGAGAGAGCAAAAGUCACGCCCGGGGUGAAGCCUGGCUGCUCUGGCCACUGCACGAGCUACGGGAUGUAUUGCGCCAACGGCGGGAAGUGCGUGGAGAAAUACAACGGCUACUCCUGUGACUGCUCCAGAACUGCCUACGAUGGGCCAUUCUGCAUAAAAGAUGUGGGAGCAUUUUUUGAAGAAGGAAUGUGGCUUCGUUACAACUUCCACUCCCCAGGGACUAGCAUGAAGGAUUUAGUUAGCCGGACACUUUUGAGUUCUGCAGAUCCUGAGAUCACAGCACCUGACCUCAGCUUGAAUAAAGAAGAGCUCAGCUUCAGCUUCAGCACCACCAAGUCCCCUUGUGUGUUAUUGUACGUCAGCUCCUACACCCCGGACUUCAUGGCUGUGCUGGUGAACCCCACUGGGAAUCUGCAAAUUCGGUACAACCUGGGAGGCACCAAAGAGCCGUAUAACAUUGACAUUGACCACAGAAACAUGGCCAAUGGACAGCCCCACACUGUUAAUGUCACACGGAACGGACGGGACAUCGUGCUGCAGCUUGAUCACUAUCCUCCAACAAGUUACAGCCUGCCAGCCACUUCUGACAUUCAGUUCAAUUCCCCAAAGGCACUAUUCCUAGGAAAAGUUAUAGAAAUUGGGAAGAUUGACCAAGAUAUAUACAAAUACAACACCCCAGGAUUCACUGGCUGCCUAUCGAGAGUCCAGUUCAACCAGAUUGCUCCUCUCAAAGCGGCUCUGAGACCUACCAACGCCUCCUCUCACGUCCACAUCCAGGGAGAACUGGUGGAAUCCAACUGCGGGGCAUCUCCACUCACCAUCCCACCAAUGUCGGCCGCCACUGACCCCUGGCACUUAGACUCAGCAAGUGCUGAUUUUCCAUACAAUGGUCAAGCUAUAGGAGAUGGAGUUAACAGAAACUCAGCUAUUAUUGGAGGUGUCAUCGCAGUGGUGAUCUUCACCAUCCUCUGCACCUUGGUGUUCCUGAUCCGCUACAUGUUCCGCCACAAGGGAACCUACCACACCAACGAGGCCAAAGGGGCAGAGUCAGCCGAGAGCGCCGACGCCGCCAUCAUGAACAAUGACCCCAACUUCACGGAGACCAUAGACGAGAGCAAGAAGGAAUGGCUUAUCUAAGCCCACGGGGAUGGGGCCUGGGGUGGGAUAUCAGCUGGGCCAGGGUGGGACUGGGUUGACUCUUGCAGUGGAGAGAGAACACUCUGUGUCGGACACUUGAGCACACAUAGGAUAAAAAGAUCAGCACAACUGGAGGAGCAAGUGACAGGAAAAUACCACUGAGACUGGAGAAAAAAAAAAUAAUAUCUCAAGCAUUUAAGAAAAAAUACUUUUUAAUAUUUAUUUACAGCAAAUUGCCCCUUCUGUAUCCCAGUGACUACAACAAAGAGCAGUUUUGCAGCUUCAGCAUUGGUUACGAUUUUCAGUAAUACCUGUCUAUUUCUGUGUGUGUUUAAAGAUGUUCUGGAUACCUGUGACAAGAAACAGGGCUGGUUUUUUAUAUUUUUAAAAGCUGUUCAAAAUAUGGGUGGUUUUGUCCUGAGAGCAAGUGGCAGCCCUUUCUGCCCAGCGUUGUGUUCCUUCCUGGCUGGCCACUUCCCCACAGGCUGCCCUCAGCCCCACACCUUGACCACAGCACCGUUUAUUUUGGUGACAUUGAUCCAGGCUGGGGGUGGGAUAGGGGGCGAGGACUAAUGCAAAUCUUACUCACCAGUUUCUCAACAUCUCAUCAGCCCAUGUCAACCCUGGCAGGACCCAUCUUCUUGACCCAGGCACUUGACAGAUUAUGUGCAAUUCUCAUCAACAAUGUAAAAAUACUGUUAUUAUGACUACUACUACUCUUACUAAAAAGGAUUAUCAUAAAGCACAGGAGGCUUUAAAGGUUUUGUAUUAUUUUGUUGGUCUCUGAGGCAGGAUGAUGCUGUGUGAGUCUGUAGACCUAGUCUGUUCCUGUGUCUUUGUCUAUGGCACCAGGUCACCACCUGAGGCACAUGCCAGGUUGAAUUGUGGCAUAUUGGCAUAUACUGUAACAUUGUAGUAGGCAAUUAGAGCCAGACUUUGUUUGCUUCUGUUUCUUCUUGUCAUAGAAAUAUUAGUACAGCUCUAGUCAAUGCAUUUGAACCCAUGGACUUCACAUCCUUUUGUUUUUUCAACUUGAGAGUAGCAAUUUAUUCCUUAAAUCCCUUGUUUCAGUCCCUUUGCAAGGAAAGCCUCCACUGGCAGUGUUUGCACAGUCAGGAAGGUGAGACAAGAGCACGUGAGGAGCACACAGCACACAGGGGAGAGUUCCUUUUCAACACAGAGAUUUACCCAAACUAUUUUACUGUCUUAGUAAGGCGUUUUUAAGAAUAGCAAGGCCAGUGCCAAGUACAGCAUUGCAUCCCAUUUUUCCUCUCAAACCAGGAGUGUCGUAGGUGUCACCUGAACAGCAGGCAGGCAGCCAGAAGGAAAGACAAAAGGGCAGCCUGAAGACUUAAUAUCCUUCACUGGCAAUAACAAAGCUUUAGCUUGCCCUCUGUAGAGAAGCAUGGUCUGACUUGAUAGGAAUUUAAGGCCUUAAUGGAUAGGUUUUGCAGUGGAACAGAAUGAAGGAAUGAAUGUAUCACAGAGCUUUGCCAUGUGCUAAAAGAACAGAAACAAUACUAGGAAUUUCCCUUUAAAAGUAUUUAUUCUUGCGACAAUCCUAGAUUUCUUUGUUUUUAAUAUUCCUGGGUUUAGUAUGCACAGAUUUAAUUCAUUUUUCUGCACAAGAAAGAUUUAUUUUUCACCCAAACAUGCAAUCUGUUACACUGAGUAGUGCUGGCAUUUUUGAUUUCCUUAUUUCUUUGGUUGCAACUUUCAUUAUUCUAAUUGACACUUUAAAAAUUUAAAAAAAAAAAAAAAAAAGUUAUGUAGGGGAAAUAAAAUAUUGGAGUCUUAGCAGACAAGACAUUGAUAAGCACAAUUUGUCAGAAAGGCAAGACAGAUAGUUUGGGUUUUAAAGAUGGUAGCCUAAAGUCCUGUUCUGGAGGAACAUUAUCAAUGAACACAGAUAUCAGAGCAAAUAAAGCACAUUAAUUUCUUCUAUUUAUGGAUUUGGAAUUAGCAUACAAAAAAGUUGCCAGUUUCAAAAACAAUUACUGUUUUUCAGGUAAUAUACAUGGAAGAGAGGUUCAAGUAGGCAUAAAAAUUACCUCUUUCACUCUUAUGCUCUGCAGUCUUUUGCCUUGCCUCUAGUAUUAACCUCUCUUUCUCUUGCCUGUAAUCAAGCUGAUGAGACCUGAGUUUAAUCAUGGGUGUAAAAUAAGUCUUCUCUCCUUGGGGAGUAUCAGCAGGGGAUGGAUCUACCCUGCAACCACCACUCAGCAAACUACAUAGCAAUCACAGAUAUCUGUAGGAUUGAAAAGGCAUUCUAUUUUCUCUGUGAUUUUAGGUUUCAUUUUAUUUUAGUGGUAUUUUAGUCCACUCUGAAAAACAUCCUUGCCUGUAACUUGAAAUUACCAAGAGAAGUGAAUAGAGCAUCGUUUGCAUAGACUGGCAUUUGAUUUGCAGGAAAAAAAGCUACUAAUCUGAAUUUAAUGUCUGUGAGGAAGAUCAAACUUAUGUAUCCUGAGAGACUAGAGUCCUCUGCUACUUUAUGUGGGAGAGACAGAUUGAACAGCCAUAGUGCAAAUUGCCAAAUGCCUCAGCAUGGCAUUAGAAGGGAAAGAUGGCUUGGUCUCCAUGUCUAAGCAAGUUCUUGGCAAAGCAAGAGACAGUUGUCUCUGGUUAUGGUACUGAGGCUUGUGAUAUCUAUUCACUGAUUUUCUAAAAUUUACCAGCUAAUCUCCCACAACCCUGGGAGAUUAAAUGAGAACUUCUGAAAAAUAACCUUUGACCAUUGCAUAAGCAAUAGUUAUAAAUUACUGUCUUAAGUCUGAAAAACAGUUUAAAUUUCUGAAAUCAAGUCAAGAGCAUCUGCACCUCUCCACUGACUGGACACCAUGGACCUUCUUCUGUUAAAUACAUUAGUGCUUUGUUAAAAUACAGUCACUUUCAUAACCCUAGAAACCUUUAAAUAUUAGAAUUCUUGUUUCUCCUUAAACUGGACCUUAGACACGCAGCUGUCUUUGUAUAGAGAUUUGGUGACUUUGGGUGAAUUCCUGCCUGUCUUCUUUGUAUUUCAUUUCUGAGAAUGGUGUAUGUUUAAUUAUAGGCACUGGUCAUUCAGCAUCCUGGCAGUGAAGCAGGAGCAGACUCAGAGAUGUAGCCUGUGUAUUAUGCUAGCACUGUAUCUAUUCUGAUAAUUUCUUCUGCUUCAAGCCUAUCACUGAAGGCUGACACAGUUUAUUUCCCCCACUCCUACUAGUGCCAAAAAUCCAUGUUGCUUGACAGGUAUGUGGGAAAAUCUGUUUGAGGGAAGAGUGGAUCCUGCUUUUGUAAAACUCUGUACUUUCCCCAGAGAAUAUUAAAAUAAUCAGUCUUUUAUCACCUGUUUUUUUAGCUGUCUCACCUGUUUGAACUGUGCAGAAAAAUGUAGCUCCUUGUACUGGUUGGGGAACCAGAGUGUCCCAGUUGUGUUUCUAAAGGAUCAUUCCUGACACCACGGGAAACGAUGGCAGAGAGCAAGACUGGGCUGGAGAUCAGGGCUCUCAGCAUUAGUGAAAUAAUGUAAGCAAUAUUUUGGAUUCUCAUUGACAAGAUUUGCUGACCACCAGGUAAUGGGAUGUGGAGAUCCAAAGAGCCAAAACAAUGGAGAAUUUAUUUUGAUGUCAGCCCAGCCUCAAGGAAAAUCUGCAAUCCAGUCUGGUGGUUUUGAAUCAGGUCUUUCACACACUGCUUAUUCCGUAUUUACUGAUAGAAAAUUCAGAUGUAUGAAAGAGGAAUAUUUAUCUUUAACUUGUACUGAAGCAUUUCUGCUUUGUAUUUUUUGUGUCUUAAAAUUUACCUGUACCUUUUAUAUCUCUUCUAGCAGUUACCACUUCAAAAAUACGUCAGCAUUUUAGGGUCAUGCUCUAGGCAGCAUGAUAUACAUGAGAGGAUGGUCAUCACAAAUAUUUUAGUAAGACUGCCAAAGCAGUGGUGUAUAUGUACAAGUUUAUUGUACUGAUAAGAAUUCAUUUUAAUUAAAACAAUGUCCUUUAAUUGACAGAUGCAUCUGAUUUCCAGGGUAUCUGUUGAAAUGUGAAGCUAAGUUUGACAAGCAAUAGCUUUCAAUAUGGUUUCUCCCAUAAAUGAUUUUGCAUUCCAUUAAGCAUGGUAAUCCUGAAAGGGUGUCAUUCUUGAAGAGCGGAACCUAAAUUCUAGUAAUCAGAUGUCAUAAUCCAUCCUAGAGAAAUUAAACAGAAAUCUUGCCUUCUAACAGCAACAGCAUGCAAAUUAGAAUGAAUGAAGAGCAGUGUGUUUGUAUGCAUAAAUAUCUUCUGUGAAUGUCUAUCUUUUUAAUUAAAGUUCUAUUAGAAACCAGAUUGGUAAAUAAAGAGGAGGAAAAAAAAAAAAGAAAAAGAAAAAGAAAAAAGACAUUUGAAAUAGUUUUAAUCACCGUAACAGCUGUUUCUUCAUGCUUUGUAUAUUCUUAUCAUUGCCUGUAUUUUUAACAUUUCUAAUGCCAGGAAAUCAAUUUGGAAAGGACAGAAGUUGGAAAGGCCUCUUAAGAAAAGACCCCCUGUACAUGAAAAAAAGGUACUUCAGAAUAAGAGGAGAGGGUGCUAAAAGCAGGGAAGAUUUGUUGAAGUGCAAGUAUAUUCCUCCUGCAUCAGUGUUACCUUUUAUGUACAUCUGUGCUUGUUGAGGUGGGAAGAGGGUCUGAGAGAAGGGUUUGGAUAGAAAUUUAAUGACUGUCUUUCUGCUUUUUUCCUUUCUGAUCACUUUGCAGAUAGCAGCAUGCAGUCUGCUUUCACUUCUGCUCACAUUUGUUACUGCAGAUUCUGAGGCAUUGUCAGUCCCACAAGGGUUAUAUACUACAAAUGACUGAGCGUGGGUUGUCUGCCUUCUUUUCCUGUCAUAACUCUGUCCUUCUUUUCAUGAAUGAGAGCCUUUUAUUGAAACCAUCAAGAAAAAUGUAUGCCCAGCUCAACAGACUUGUGUCUGUUCCUUUUAAUAAACUACUUUAUCAGGCUUUAAAACAUUUUUAUGAAGCAUUUUAUAAAAGAACUGUGUUAAAUGCACUUGAAUGUGAGUGUGAAACCUAGGCAAAGAAGCAUCAGUGCAACAACCACCUGAGUCAGAGGCAUUGCCUUAACCACCCACCAAAUCCCUGGAUCUGUCCAAGACCUUAACUUCUUUUGUGGAAUAUUACAGUGGCAAAGUCCUGGUGGGAUACUGUCUUCAGACCACAUCCUGAUCAUUGUUUUGUGCUGACUGUUGCAACCCCUAGAGGGAGAGCCACGCUUUAUGCAGGAAUAUUUCUCAUUUUGGUAGAAAAGCUCUAGGACAAAGAGACAGGACUGAAGGUUCAAGGGUGAAGCCCAAAUGAUACUUGAACACUGUGACACGAGGAGUCUUUGCUCCCUUCUGCUGCCACAUGUGUCUCUCUGCAGCCGUGUGGGGUGCACACAUCCACCUCCAAAACCUAAGGCUAUUUGGGAUUUGAUGUCUGCACCACUAGGGCAACUGCUAAGAUACCAAACUUGCUCCAAAUCCAUGAGUCUGCAGUGCUAGCAAAAUCACUCGCUCUUGAAAUUAAGUGCAAUUUUGAAGACAAACUCAGGCUGUGCCCUACAGUAGCAGGCACAUAUGGUGCCUCAAAUGAGACAAGACUUGGACCUGGUAACGGAAAAGCAUUUAUUUAACAAUCUGUAACACAGUUCUUCUAACUCUGACUUUCACAUAUAAGCAGAUUUUUCUUGAGGCACUAUGCUCAAAACCAUAAUUAUGCCAACAGCUUAAGAAUCAGGAAGAAAAGGGGCCAAUUCGUGGCUUUUUUACACAAUAAGUAUUUUUUAAGAAGUCACUUACUGUAACAAAAACCAAACCUUUGGUAUCAACAGGUCCUUUCACAGAGAAGUAUUUCUUUUCACUAGUCUUCUAUUUUCAAAAUAUCAUGUGAGAAAAAAUGGGCAAUUAUUUAAACACAACCAGAACCACUUCAGUGAAAAGGGGGUAAGAUAUAAUCUGGAAAUAUACCUAUAAGCAAAUAACAAAUUUAGUGCAUCCUGCUGCUUCUGUGAUUCAGCAGCUUCCAAUAAUGUCUAUUUGUUCUCCCACUGCUUUCCUUUAUUCUCCACUGCUUUUUCCUUUUUUUCCUUAAGGAAAAGCAUCUGGAUUAAACAACAAACAUAAAAGUGUGUACCUUUAGUUUUACCAUAGAUUAGUGUUCUCUCUUGAUAUGUAAUAGCAUAUUAAGGAACAGCAAAUCGUUACUUCCUCAGAUUCCGUAGUAUUAAUUCUGCUGUGCUCAAGGGUCAGAGAUGUACUAUCACCAUAUUAAUUGUUACAACACAGAGGUAUUCAUACUGAUAAUAUUCAACAACUGGCAUUCUGAAUUCUAGCACAGAGCUGCCCUAAGAAAAUCUAAUUUAUUGAGGAAAAGGCAGGUAGAUGAUGUUUUCUGACAGGUGAGAAAUGUAAAUAACUGGAAUGACACUAGAGCAGAAACCAUCUGAGGGAAUGUUCAGUAUGCAGAAAAAUAAACUGUACCAGAGUUUCUUGCCUUCCAGUCAGGAGCUUGUGGUAGGUACUGUGCUGUGGCCAGUUAUAUAUUGCCAUGUGUUCAUUGCUUUUUUGGCCAAAAUAUUAGAGCUCCUGUCUUUCACUUUGAAAUAGGCUGUUGCAAGAGUACAGCUGAAGAUGUGAAACUUAAACAAGCUGCUCUAGGCUGCUGGUGAGAGUACAGUCAUAAGACCCAAGUUCUUCUGCCUUCUUAGAAGACAACUCUCAGAUGUGUUGCUGCCUGUCCCUGUCUUUUGUCACUUUUUCCCCAUCUUACUGAACAUCACAGGUUGAAAGGAACCACAAAAGACCAUCUGCUCCAACAUUUUGUGGGAAAAGGAACCUAGAUGAGAUAAUCUAGCGUCCUGUCCUGUCAUAAUGUUUUUUUCCCCACUGACUCCAUUUCCAGGGCGGUAGGCUAUCAACAGGCUCUUAGAAUCACUGGAGCAAGACAGCAAUCUUUUGAAUCAGCCAGAAAACAGAAAAUUUAGAUGACUCAUGUCAGGUGGAAGCAGGCUUCAUCUAGAGCAUUCCCAGCCUAACAGCUCUUCUUCAUUUCAUCAUGGCUUUGGUUAGCAGUGGAGCAGCUAGCCAAGUCAGUGUAUUAUUUUUCUAAACCCUUGUGGAAGUAUGGAAGAUAAACUUGGCUGAAUAAAGACAAAGUAACCAUCCCCUGUAUGCUAAUAUUUGUUCUCUAAAGUGCACAUUCUUGUGCUUACAGUGCAUGUGUCACUGAAGGAGUCUGACCUUGUGACAGUAAAUAAAUCAUUCACAAGCUGAACAAAUAGCCCUGCACUGCUUUGUCAUGAAAAACUCCUUUGGGUCAAUGUUUAAAAGUAGUUUGCCAUCAUAAAAUACUGGACACAGUAUCAGCAGCUAGUUGUAAGUUAUUUCUGUUGUAAAAUCGAGGUCUGUCUGCAGUUUUCUUGUGUGUCUUGCACUAAUGAAACCUUUAUCCCUGAAGUAUAAGCUGCUACGACAGGGCAAGGUAACAAAGAGAAAUUGCCUUUGCUGCACACUCUGAAACGCAGCGUAAUGUCCCUUUCAUUACACAGUUCCUGGUAAGAGUAAGGAGUAAGAUCUCUGUAGACAUCUAAUGUUUCCUUUUUUCCAAACCCCUCUACCCAUUACUCCAAGGAAAGAAAAUUGCUGACACUUCUGGGUUUUUUGACAUCUCUUUACUUUAGAAGUGCUCCCUCUCACUGAGAAAUUUAAUACCUUUCACUGUCACCUUUAAACUCCUUCCCAGAAGUGCUUACUACUUUGACCAAGGUGAAACCUUUCACCUUCCUAAAAUGUAACCAUUGUAGUGGAAGUGUUAUGUGCCACUCCAUUCCUGUCAUCUUUUAUAUUUGCGGUAGGUUUUUAUCUGUUUAUAGUACUCAGUGACUGAAAAUGCAAGUUUGGUUUCUGCAAUUGGCAGCAUUAUUUUUUAACUUGUUAUAACUCCAAAAUCACAGCAUUGCCUGGCAAGGAAAGUCUGAAAAUUAAGCAGCUGCAUUUCUUUCCAUUCAGCAUCGUUACUUUCUAUUGCUUGGUUCAAAUGUUCCCAAAAACAUAAAUAGUAAAAUUAAUGCCUAGCAAAAGCCAGCAUCUAUUUUUCUUAGGGCCACAAGAUGUCAGGUUGAGCUCUCAGCCAUCCCAUUCCCUUGUGCUUUUGUAGCAGCUAUAUGAGGCUGCUGGUAAUCUCCAUAGUAGGACACCAAAAAAUUGUAUUAUAAAGCCUCUAGUGAUUUUAGUCUCUUGGAGUGUUAAAGGUCCAGCUCAACAGGGCCAACAAGUCAACACUCCUACAGGUUUCUGUUAUGAACACAUCUGAGAAAACUCAACACUGGUUAUUAAAUAAUUUUAUUUUCAUUGGAUCAGCAUCUCAGAAGGGAAAUAAUGCUUCUGUAUGUGGAACACCUGAGAUAUUACACUCGGCUUAUUGUAACUCCUGCAUUGUAUCUGAUCUUUUGAAGCUCCAGCUGCUUAAGAGAAGGGAUCAGAGCCACUUGAAUAAAGAAGGCUGAGGCAUCAUUUGGUUGCUAUUAACUCUGAAGCACAGAGAGGUGGCUUUCCACAGAUCUGCUUUGCAUGGUCAGUCUCAGUCAUACAUGAGGAAUGGGGAACUUUUCCUUUGCUCUUCCGUGGAUCAAGACCCAUCAGUGGGCUGGCUGGGCAGGUAUUACAUAAAUUAUCUUCAGUCCUAAUGAGCUGACUCACAUGUUGAGCAGCCUGAGUCCAGGGAGUUCCUCUGACAGAAAAGCAUGUUUUGGCACAAUAUCCCUGAAAGGUUUCAGCUCCCCAACAACUCUGCUACCCGGUUUGACUAGUGCUAAUUAAGAGAAGCCUGCUGGAAAUGACCUGUACUGACUUAGUCCUACGUGUGGAUGCCAAUCCUAAGAGUGCUUAAUUUCAUGGAGAUUAAAUAGAUUUCCCCCCCAUCAUGGAGUGCUUGGGCUGUGCUCAGUCUGAUGCUUCUUACUGACAUAUAUAAAUAGAGAUAUAGAGAUAAAUAGAUAUUUUUAUGGAGAUGUUUUAUAAGUGGCCUUUACUUUGUGCAUGGUAACUAUUGCCAAACUUGUUAUUUAGGAGCUACAGAAAUGGCUGGUUCUGCAGUUUAGAGAGCAAUCAGCUGUCUCUGUUGCAAGGGACACUUGGGGUACGGGCUUGGAUUUUGUUUUUUAUUAUUCAACUAUAAUUUGCAUGGUUUGGAUUUGGGUUUUGUCUCAGUGUCAGGUUUUCUUCUUUCCUCACUGGUUCUCUGGCAGGGACAUAUUGGGCUCAAGCAGGAACUUAUUUCUCAGUCUUUGAGAGAUGGUUUGAAGCCAUCGGUGCCAUAUAACACUUGAGAAACACCUGCCUUGCACAGCCUGUGAUGUUGCUCAGUGUGCAGUCCUCAAAACACAGUUUCUUUAGCUGUCUGUUGGGGGUUUCACAGCACAGUGAGGUGCUCCUAUUCUGCUGGCUUUGCUUGACAAGACAGCAAACUAGCAACAGCUGGUUGCUGUUUUAUUGGUAUAGCCUUGUGAGCAGAAAAAGGGAUCAGCAGAGACUAGGACAUAAAUGAUGGUUCAGAAUUAGAUUCAUAUACAUAACAGUAGCAAAAGAUUGUGAAAAUUUCUACAGAGGCAGGUCAUUUUACUUCCUUUCUUCUUUUAUUCCUUUUUCUUUUUUUUUUUCUUUUUUUAUUUUUUUUGUAAGUACUGUUUGUAUGCCACAUCUGAGUAAUUCGUCUCUACCAGCCAUCCAGCUCUCAACAGCCUGGGCUGUUGGUUAGGGAUGGAAAUGCAGUAGUCCUUUCUUACUGAUUUAGUUCCUGCUGCUGUGGAGCAGUCUGUACCCAGAAAAAGACCAGGGCCAUUAGGAAAGUAAAAACAGCCUCUCACCCCUUCAAACCAGGCAGAAAGCCAAUCCCAGGGUAGUGUGCCUACAAAGCUGGCCCAAUUUCCUGUCAGGUGAACCAAAACCUUCUCUGUUUGCAGUACUCUAGUCCACAGGUUUCUUUCUUGAGCACAAUUUUCCCAUGGGACGCAUAACCAGGAGAUGACGGUUACCCUAAUUAAACAAAAAUGUGUAUAUUAAAAAACAUCCUAAUCUGAAAGUAUAGUGUAUCUGAGAUUCCUCUGUUAUAGACACUUAGUCUACAAGAUUUAUGGCUACAUUUGCUAUGUUAUGCUUGAAUAAACAUAUAAUUCAUUGAAAUACACAAGACUGAUAAAAGUAAUAUCUCUUUAAGGAGAAUAAACUGUUUGUAAAUUUAUAAAGAGUAUAAUCUGUUAGGCCUUAUUUGAAGUAUGUACUGUGGUUUGGUAAAAGUACAACAUUAAAAGAGCCUUGCCAGAUGA